AUGUUCGAUGAAAUUACGGGCGAUGGAGAAAAGAUCGGCUGGGUUCACAUCACCGUCUCUACGUUGAUCAUCCGCAAAUAUGGACUCGAUUUGUGGAAAGAGAUCAAAAGAAAAGCUGGCUUUGCCGACGAGACCGAGUUCGAGGUGCAGCAAUAUUACGAUGACAGUGAUACGUUCAGAAUCUUUCGAACAGCUGCAGCAACUUUGGGUGUAUCAGUGGAUGAUAUGUGGGAAUUAUAUGGAGAUCAUUUGAUUACAUAUGCAUCGGAGACUGGAUGGAGUCGGAUGUUGGCUUGUAUGGCUGAUAAUUUACAGGAUUUUCUUGAUAAUCUCAAUUCGAUGCAUUAUUUUAUUGAUCAAAUCGCUUUCAAAUCAGAAAUGAAAGGACCCUCAUUUCAGUGUGAAGAUCAAGGAGAUGGAUCCCUUCGACUUCAUUAUUUCUCUAAUCGUCAGGGACUUUAUCCAAUUGUGAAAGGAUUGGUGAGAAAAACGGCAAAAUAUCUCUUCGACAUUGAGGUUUCGAUCAACGUCCUGGAAAGACAACAAGAACGAAGAAAAAGUGGGCUAGUGGAACAUGUGAUUUUCAGUGUCGGAGCUGAUGAUCGGCACAAAGAGGGGGAGAGAUUGGCGCACAAAUUCCGUCGUAUCACUCGCUCCACUCAACUUGAACAUUCUGAAUUGGCUUUGAAAGCCCAAGUUCCCCUCAGCACUAAAGAUUUCAAUGUGAUUUUCCCGUUCCACAUUUGCUUCAACAAACAAAUGAUCGUUGAGCAUGUUGGUCAAUUCAUUUUGUGUGAGUACGCGCUGGCUGACAAGAAAAUGUUGAAAUUGACGGAUGUUGUGCAACUCGUUCAACCCGCUGAUAUUCAACUAACGUUUAAGAAUAUUCUCUCUUAUUUGAAUACUCUUUUCAUCUUUCAAAUGAGACAUCAUGCAAGAAGGAAUGAACAAGAUGCCACAUCAAGUGUCACCGCUUUUCAACAACCACUUUGUCUGAAAGGUCAAAUGUAUCCACUAGCUGGCGGAAAUACUAUUCUUUUCUUGUGUUCUCCCCAUGUCACCACUGUGAGAGAUAUCCUCAAUUUGAACCUCUGUAUCUCGGAUAUGCCAAUGCAUGAUGCCACAAGAGAUCUUGUCAUGUUAAAUCAGAGUCGAAUCUGCCAAAUGGAGCUCAACAAGAAGCUUGAGGACACGGUGAGGAAGUUGCGCGGAAUGGCCGAGCAAUUGGAGCUGAAGAAGGGGCAGACAGAUCGGCUCCUUUUUGAGUUUGUUCCACCCCAGAUCGCCGAUGCUUUGCGAAAUCACAAACCGGUGGCUGCACAAGAAUUCUCGGAAUGUGCUGUUUUGUCGGCGGAUAUGGCCGACUUUUUGACAAUCAACGUUCACUGUAAACCGUGCCAAAUCAUCGAGCUUGUCACCCUUCUCUCUCAUCGUUUCGAUCGACUCAUCGAAAUACACAAAUGCUACAAGGUUCUUUCACUCAUGGAUGCCUAUUUGGUGGUUUGCGGUGUGCCGACUUCGUGUGAGCGCUACUGUGAAAAGAUUCUCAACCUAGCACUCGGAAUGUUGAUAGAAGCAAAACAAGUAUUGGUUCCGGAAUUGAAUCUUCCCGUUCGGUUACGAAUUGGGGUACACGCUGGCCCAGUUGUUACCGGAAUUGUCAGCCAAAAGAAGCCACGGUAUUGUGUACUUGGAGAGACAGUGUCAACAACGAAAAGCCUUUGCGAGCACACCGAAGCCGGCAAAAUCCUAGUCAGCAAUGCAGCUAGAACGAUGGUCACAAAAGCGAUUAAGGGUCAAGUGCAAGGCGUUUUCAUUUUCACCUCAAAGGGUUACAUUGAUAUUGGAGCGAUAAAGCUUCUCACACACUAUUUGGAGCGAAACGAAAAGAUGAGCGCGUGGGAGAUCACUGAGAGACAAAAGGGGGAAGAACAGACGAUUGACGGUUAUCGUGAAGUGCAUAGCGAAGAUGGAACCCGAGAAUGGGAAGAGGCUCAAGAACAUGCGGCACGGGCUAUUCGGGUGUUAAAUGCCCUCAAACCAAGCCCCAUCGAGCAAGGAACAACCACUCUGCAAAAGCUGAAGGCGAUCAAAAAACGAUUGGGCACUGGCCGAAGCUCGGACAGUGGAAUGGGCGAAGACGGAUCGCCGCGUACAGAAAGUGCCGCUUGUGCGCUCAUG